AAAUCUGUUUUUUGACUGCCUGAGCUAAGUUAAAUGAAUCCCAGUUAUAGAUAUUCUGAAGGAACAUUUGACAUCUAGAAAUACUGACACACGUUCGUAGUGAAGGAUUUCGAUUACUGCUUAACUGCCCAACAGACCCCGUGCUGCUACAUGAAUUGGAAAGUGAAAACUACAGAUUGAUUUUUGGUCUCCAAAGCUGAAUGAAACUGAAAGAGUGAAAGAAACCACAGGCAACCCAACAACUGUCAGUUGGGGCCCUCUUGAGGAAACAUGCAUCUGCUUGUCCAGGGAGUAGAAUGAAGCGAUAGCUCAAUUCUUCUGAGACUGGUGGUUCAAGGACAAAAACAACUCCAGGCUGUGAAACCUGUCUCUGUCUGCAUUUGCCCUCCAGGUGCAAGAACUUUUAGCUUGAUUUCCACCCAAAAUGCUGUUACUGCUGCUGCUACAGAUCUCAGCGAGCUGCCUCUGGCUGGGACGCAGUGAGGUGGUGACAUCGUUUGAACAUUCAUGCCCUCAGUUUUUCUUCAAGGAAACCCCACCAAAUGAAGCCCUGGAACCAAAAAAUGCAGCUCGGAUUUGCCAACGUUACAAAAACAAGUAUUAUUUUGCUACUCUAUAUGACAGGGACCGACGUAUACCUGUAUACUCCGCUUACCUGUACCAGCCUGGAUCUGGCAAAAGACCCAAAACUUGGAUGGUUGAGCCCCAGCUGAUGGAUUCUGUUUAUCCCAGCUCAAUGGCAAGAGAAUGGGUUCUCAUAAACUAUUAUAACGUCACCUUGGAGCAAAUCAGCAAGAGCCAGGCUGUCCUCGUGGACUACAAGAACCUGACGGGUUUGAAUCGCGGUCAUCUGAACCCCAGCGGCCAUCAUCCUGACAACAGCAGCAGGACGGCCACCUUCACCCUCACCAACAUCGUUCCCCAGAAUGAAAAACUCAACGGUGGAGCCUGGAAAAACUACGAGCAGCAAGUAAUGAUCAAGGAGACACAGGGCUGUGCCACCACCUACGUCGUCGUGGGUGCCGUGCCUGGGAACAACUAUAUUGCAGGUGGGCGGGUUAAUAAACCCAGUCAUCUCUGGUCUGGUGUCUGCUGUGAGAUGGACAGUGACAAGGAGCUCAAGGCCUGGGCUGUCAUCGCUGAGAAUGACAGGAACGACGUCCAGUUCGUCUCGCUGGGAGAGCUGGAGGAGGCAUUGAGCCAGCUCUAUGGAAGGGACCAGGUUUCUCUGUUUGACAGAGACUGUCCUCGAGACUAAGCCUCACAUCACCCCUCUGGGUAUAAAGGGCUCAGGAGCUUUUGCCACUAGCAGCCUCAUUGCAUGCGCUGUGCACCCGCUGUCCUGCUUCCGUCACUAGCAGCUUUCCUGGCUCUGCCUCUUGGAGUCUGUCUCUUCUCCCUUGAUAAAAGAAGGGCCAGCAGAAGCUCCAGCCGUUUGCUUCCUUGUCCUGUCACCAACAGGAGCUUGUCACCACCAACCUUGUCAGGAGGCUUCAAAGGAUGUCUCCAGGAGGAGUGUCUGGCUGGGCGGAUGGGCAAGGGAAUCAGAGCCUGUCUUUAAAGCUAGCCAGACUUCGACUUUCUUUAUUUUUUCUUUUCUUCUUCAUCCAUAGUCAGAUAUUCAGAUUAUAGUUCUUUCAUCCCUUCAUUUGACGUCACUGGUAGUUUGUUGCUGCCUUGCCUUAUCAGUUAGAGCAUAGGACUUCACUUUGGGACAAGGUAACUAAAGAGUCAGAGGAGUGCUGGUUAGCUAUAAGGUUUGUGCUAUACAUAAUGCAUUUGCAUUCAGUAAAUGCAAGUGCAGUCACUGAUAGCAGAAAAAAGAGAAGGACAGAGGGAAAGAGAUGGAAAGAAGGAAGACCACAAAGCAUAUGAAAGGCAUUCUGGUUAUAUGUAGAUAGGUAAAUCAAGAAGGAAGGA